GAGCGGAGCCGCUGCCGCCGCCGCAGCAGCCGCCGCGGGUCCCGGGGCGCGCUCGCCGCCCGUCGCAGGAGCUGGAUGUGUGCGGGAGGAGCGGCGGAGGAUGGCGGUGCUCAAGCUCGCCGACCAGCCACCACUGGUCCAAGCCAUCUUCAGUGGGGACCCAGAAGAGAUAAGGAUGUUGAUCUACAAAACUGAGGAUGUCAAUGCCUUGGAUGCUGAGAAACGAACUCCUCUUCAUGUUGCAUCAUUCCUGGGGGAUGCAGACAUCAUUGAGCUUCUCAUUUUGUCAGGUGCUCGUGUUAAUGCCAAGGACAACAUGUGGCUGACUCCUCUGCACCGGGCAGUGGCUUCAAGAAGUGAUGAAGCAGUGCAGGUCUUGAUCAAGCACUCAGCUGAUGUCAAUGCUCGGGACAAGAACUGGCAGACCCCGCUGCACGUGGCAGCUGCCAACAAGGCAGUGAAGUGUGCAGAAGUCAUCAUCCCCAUGCUGAGCAGCGUCAACGUCUCGGACCGGGGCGGGCGGACGGCAUUGCACCACGCGGCUCUCAACGGCCACAUCGAGAUGGUGAACUUGCUCUUAGCCAAGGGGGCAAACAUCAAUGCUUUUGACAAAAAAGACAGAAGAGCACUUCACUGGGCAGCAUACAUGGGUCACCUGGAAGUUGUUGCCUUACUGAUUAAUCAUGGUGCAGAGGUGACUUGUAAAGACAAGAAAGGUUACACCCCACUUCAUGCAGCUGCAUCCAAUGGGCAAAUUAACAUUGUGAAACACCUCCUUAACCUGGGAGUAGAGAUUGAUGAAAUGAACAUCUAUGGAAACACAGCACUUCACAUUGCCUGCUACAAUGGUCAGGAUUCUGUUGUCAACGAGCUGAUUGACUAUGGUGCUAAUGUAAAUCAGCCUAAUAAUAAUGGAUUCACUCCCUUGCAUUUUGCUGCUGCCUCCACCCAUGGAGCUCAGUGUCUUGAACUGCUGGUGAAUAAUGGGGCAGAUGUUAACAUUCAGAGUAAGGAUGGGAAGAGUCCUCUCCACAUGACAGCUGUCCACGGGAGGUUCACGAGGUCGCAGACCCUCAUUCAGAAUGGAGGGGAAAUCGACUGCGUGGAUAAGGAUGGGAACACCCCCCUGCACGGGCUGCAAUAUGGGCACGAGCUUUUGAUCAACACCCUCAUCAGUGGAGCUGACACUGCCAAGUGUGGGAUCCACAACAUGUUCCCUCUCCACUUAGCAGCGCUGAACGCUCACUCCGACUGCUGCAGGAAAUUGCUGUCAUCAGGACAAAAGCAUAGCAUAGUGUCCUUGUUUAGUAAUGAGCACGUGCUGUCUGCAGGCUUUGAAAUAGACACCCCUGAUAGUUUUGGAAGAACGUGCCUCCACGCUGCCGCUGCAGGAGGUAAUGUUGAAUGUAUAAAACUCUUGCAAAGCAGUGGAGCAGAUUUUAAUAAGAAGGACAAAUGUGGGAGGACACCUUUGCACUAUGCAGCUGCAAAUUGUCAUUUCCACUGCAUUGAGAGCCUGGUGACAACAGGAGCCAGCAUCAAUGAAACAGAUGACUGGGGACGCACCCCUUUGCACUAUGCUGCUGCUUCUGACAUGGACAGAAAAAGAAAGAAUAUUUUAGGUAACUCCCCUGAAAAUGCUGAAGAACUUGAAAGAGCCAGUGAGAUGAAGGAAAAGGAAGCUGCGUUGUGUCUGGAAUUCCUCCUACAAAAUGAUGCCAAUCCAUCCAUCCAGGACAAAGCUGGAUACAACACCGUGCAUUACGCUGCUGCCUACGGCCACCGGCAGUGCUUGGAGCUGCUUCUGGAAAAAACUAACAAUACGUUUGAGGAAUCUGAUUCUGCAGCUACAAAAAGCCCUUUGCAUUUAGCUGCCUACAAUGGUCACCACCAAGCCUUGGAGGUGCUUCUCCAGUCCCUGGUAGAUCUGGAUCUGAAGGAUGAGAAGGGACGCACUGCUUUGGACCUGGCUGCAUUCAAAGGCCACGCAGAGUGUGUGGAAGCUCUCAUCAGCCAGGGUGCUUCUGUCACUGUGAAGGACAAUGUCACCAAAAGGACCCCCCUCCACGCUUCAGUCAUUCAUGGCCACACACCUUGUUUACGGCUGUUGCUAGAAGUUGCAGACAACCCUGAUGUGACAGAUGCCAAAGGACAAACCCCAUUAAUGCUUGCAGUGGCAUAUGGGCACAUUGAUGCUGUUUCUUUAUUACUUGAAAAAGAUGCAUCUGUAGAUGCAGCUGAUCUCCUGGGAUGCACAGCUUUACACCGAGGGAUUAUGACUGGGCACGAGGAGUGUGUUCAGAUGCUGUUGGAGAAAGAAGUCUCCAUCCUGUGUAAAGACAGCAGGGGCAGAACACCUCUGCACUUUGCAGCAGCUCGGGGUCACGCCACUUGGCUGAGUGAAUUACUGCAGGUAGCACUUUCAGAGGAAGACUGCAGCCUGAGAGACAACCAGGGCUACACACCACUGCACUGGGCUUGCUACAAUGGUCAUGAAAACUGCCUCGAGGUACUCUUGGAACAAAAACCAUUCCGCACACUCUGUGGUAACAGCUUCUCUCCAUUGCACUGUGCUGUAAUCAAUGACCACGAAAGCUGCGCAUCGCUGCUGAUCGGAGCCAUCGAUGUCAGCAUUGUCAACUGCAAGGAUGACAAAGGAAGAACCCCCCUGCAUGCAGCAGCCUUUGGGGACCACGUGGAGUGCCUCCAGCUCCUCCUCAGCCACAGCGCGCAGGUGAACGCCGUGGACCACGCAGGGAAAACUCCUCUGAUGGUGGCAGCUCAGAAUGGUCACCCGGGUGCUGUGGACUUUCUGGUGAACAUUGCCAAGGCUGACCUGACACUGAAAGAUAAAGAGCUGAAUACAUCUUUGCACUUGGCUAGCAGUAAAGGUCAUGAAAAAUGUGCCUUGUUAAUACUUGACAAGAUACAAGAACAGAGCCUUAUUAAUGCAAAAAAUAAUGCAUUGCAGACACCUCUCCAUAUUGCUGCACGAAAUGGCUUGAAGAUGGUAGUUGAAGAGUUGCUGGCCAAAGGGGCCUGUGUCCUAGCAGUAGAUGAAAAUGGUCACACUCCAGCCCUGGCUUGUGCUCCUAACAAAGACGUGGCUGACUGCCUGGCACUCAUUUUGGCCACCAUGAUGCCUUUUUCUCCUCCCAGUUCAGUGACGGCUUUCAACUCCGUUUGUUUUAAAAAAGACACUUUGGGCAGGACACAUCUCUGCGGUGGCUCCGGCACGGGUAGCGUUAACGCGUACAAUAAGCCCCUGAGUAACAACCUAGGAACAGAGGAUGGGUACAAUGAGAAUGAUUCAGAUUCAGAAACAUUUUGACUCUUUUUUUUUUUUUUUUUGGUAUUCAGAACCCUUUUUUUUUUUUUUUUUGUAAUUAGU